AAUGAAUCAACUGAAAAAACAUAUCUCUGUUAAAUGCAUCAAUUUCAACACUUAAUCUACAAAUACUCGUACAAGGAGUAUGUCAAAUUAAGUAUCUAAGAAUUCUACAGACCGUUCUAGAUCUGUAAGUAAAUUAUGUCCAGCCAUUAAGUAGAAUAAUGAUAUAUAUAAAUUAAUAAGGUUACCAGCACCUACAAAAAAUUCAGAAUCAGUGUCUAUGUCAAAUUCAAAACCAGUUUCUAAAUUAGGAAAAGUGAAAAUUGAUCUUGGAAAUAAAGGGACAUCUAGAAGUUAAUAAUCAACAUAAAAAUCACGUUCAAACAGUUAAAUAAGUAAAGAAGAGAGUUUUCCAAAGAUGCUACCUGAUUUUGGUAGAAUGGAAACCGAAUUAUUGGAUUGUUAAGAUUUCAUGCUAUAAUUACCUGAAAUUCAUUUUCCUACUACUGAAGAUUUAAUGAAAGAAAGAAUAAUAUUAGCUAAUAGAAUUGCAUAUACAGUAAAAACAAAGAAACGUAUACCACUAACAACACCAGAUUUUUAUAAGGUAUCGCAUCUCUAACCUUAGUAAGGUAGCUCUGUUAUGUGAUAGGCAAGGGAGCAUUUGCAAAAGUUUGUUUGGGAAUCCAAAUAUUAACAGGAGCUAAAGUUGCCAUGAAGAUUAUUGAAAAAUCAACACUUAAAACUGAGAGUGCUAAAAAAAGAUUAUUGUUGGUAAUUUCUAAUAUUCUAUUUUAAGGAAAUUACUUUAAUGAAAACUCUUUCAUAAUAUUAAUAGUUUGCUUCUUUAUUUGAAGUUUUUGAAACAAAAAAGUAGAUUUAUAUCAUAAUGGAAUAUGUUGAAGGUGGAGACUUAAUGAAAUGGACAAAAGAAAAACCGAUACCUGAAGUUUAAGCAAAAUCUUUGUUUAGUAAAUUAAUAUUGGCUUUAUAAAUACUUUAAAGUCAUAAUAUUUUACAUAGAGACAUUAAAUUAGACAAUAUACUACUUUAAGGAGAUUCUAUAAAGAUUUGUGAUUUUGGUGUGAGUAGACAAAUUAUUAAAGGAUAAAAGAUUUUAGAAUAAUGUGGAACUCCAGCUUAUUUAGCACCUGAAAUAAUAUCUAGUAAAACUGGAUAUGAAGGAUUUGCAAGUGAUAUUUGGAGUUCUGGAGUUCUAUUAUACAUUUUAUUAGUAGGAAAAGUACCAUUUAAAGGAAACAAUAUGAAUGAAUUAAAUCAUAAUAUUCAAAAUGGUUUACUCAAUUUUAUGGAAAUGAAAAAAUAAAAUUUAUCAAAUGAUGCUGUUGGUAAUUCUUUAUCAAUAUUUAUAUUAGAUCUAAUCAAAGCUAUACUUAAUAUUAAUCCUAAAUUGAGAAUUACACUUACAGAAAUUCUAAAUCAUCCUUGGUUAAAAGAACUAAAUUUAAAAUAAAAUAAAGUUUCAAUUGUAUAAUCUAAUUUGGAUUUGAGAGUCAUUUCUUAAAUUGAAUAGUUUGGCUAUUAAAGAGAAUAUAUAAUAAAAAGCUUAUAGAAAUAAACACUUUGUCAUAUCAAUGCUAUGUAUUCCAUUUUAACAAGAGUUUAAAAGUGA